AUGGAGCAAAUCCUCUUGUUCCUCCUGGUCUGCAUAUGUGAGCAGGGGCUUUCAGCCCCAGCUCCAGUUGGUGAGUAUUGAACAGUUUGCGCUUGGUAAUGGUUUCUUUUAAACAGAACAUUAGUGUCUAGAGCAGAUGUGUCCAAGGUGUCCAACAGACUGUCCAAGGUUCUCGCAGUACAAAUAUCAGGAAUGUGUGGGUUGGCGUAAUUAAUUGGGAGGGAAAACAACACAGUGAGACCUAAGCUUGCUGAAUUGCCACAGAAUGUUGACUGACUGUUGAGGGUGUGGGAAAUGGAAAGCACACAGGAGAUGGAAUAGAAUGGAGUGUCUUGCAGGAGGGCAUUUAGAGGAUGGCACAGAAAUAUCGUCUUUGCCUGACUUACACCAGGUGAGCCAAUUUCUGACUGGCUUUUGCUGUAACUAGAUAAGAAAACAGGUUUUUCUGUAAGAAAUAUGCAUUGGGAAUAGGUUGGUGCAAGGACGCUGAACAACAAUUAACCAAGUGAGAGAACUAACUAGCCAUUUCUUUCUUCCUUCUAAAGAGGUCCAUGGAAUACUUCCCAAGAGCAAAACUAAAGGAGUUGAUUUCUGUGGUGUGGACAAGUAUUACUACAUUGUCCGUUCAGACCUGGGCUGCUACUUGAGAUCUACUAAUUUCCAUGAAGGCAGAGACCUGGAGAUAUUUGGUCUGCACAACUCUGUCCGUGGUGGAGACCACUACCUGGCCCAUAGAGAUGACUUAUUUUAUGUUAUCAAGGGGAACUCUUACCGCCGAGUAAGCAACAUGAACGCUGACCUUGAUAGUGUGGUCUACACUCUCCAUCGCAACUGCCAAAACGGGGACCAUUACUUCUCCCAUGAUAAGUACUUUUACAUUAUAUUCAAGAAGAAGGGAGUGUACCGCCGUGUCACCGACAUGCAUGAAGACCGAGAUGCCGUUCAGAAACCCCUUCACCCAAAGGCCAAAGACGGUCUGUAUUACUGGGGACUCAAGGACCAUAUAUACCUUGUGAAACCAAAUAGGAAAUGGGGAGUUGAGUAUCACAGAAUGGAUGACUUUUCAAACGCAAACCCUUCUACAUUUUCCUUCCAUGCUAGUGUGCUCAACUUCCUCCCUGGAGGCGUGUCUAUAAAUCAUGGUAAAGCUUUUGGUGUAUGGCAGCCUGUCAAAACCGUCAGUAAUAAUGCCAAAAUAAGUGUUGCUUGGGAACAGCAAAUUGUUAGGAAGGUUGGAUAUGAGAAGAAAGAUAUGCACAGCAUGGAACACAACUGGCGUGUAUCCACGAGUGUUGAAGUUGGGGCAUCAGGUCUCACUAAAUUACUGUUGACAGCACAAAUUUCCAUGACAGCUGAAUAUGGUGGGGCAAAGAUUGACAGCAAAGAAGAAGCAUGGAGCGAUGCAACUGAAGUCUCUGAAAAAGUCAGCUUCACUCUGCCUCCGAAUACGAGCAUUUAUUUCUGGCAAUACAAGCUGGGUUUGGGCAAGGUUGACGUAUUGUACUGCCGUGACCUGGCUUUUACUGAUAAUUCUAAGCCACCUACUUUUGUCCCAUUGCCACCAGCAGCUGCUUAA